CACAAGCAUUAGCUAAGCCUUAGUUAACGUUUUGGACACAUAGCCUCGAGACCAGCCGUUUGUUGUUCCCCUUGCAGAUAACGAACGGCUGGUCUCGGGGCUAGUGGACACAAGCCAGAGAAGAAGACAGAACAGACAGAGUGGGAUGCUGCCCAAUGAUGUCAACCAACUCAAUCACAGCGACUAUAACUUCGAAUGUUGAUGCCAGAGGACUUGCUAUCAUAAUCACCAAUGACUAUCAUAACUGUGCUAGCUUAAGCUCUCUACCUGGAACCUUCAUUGAUGGGGAGAAUAUGAAAGACACCUUUCUCCACCUUAAUUUUGUAGUUCAUUGGGAGCAAAAUAUCACCCAUCUACAACUCACAAAAUUAAUUCAUGAAGCCUGCAACUUCCAAGACUAUCACAACUUAAAGAAGUACAAUUGCAUUGUAUUUGUUUUCUCUGGCCAUGGUGAUUUGGGAGACAUUGUGUACCUACAGGACGGCUCAGAAGUGAGCAUUGGUGAGGACAUAAUCAAACCAUUUCUCCCGAAAGCAUCUCCGAUUAUGGGAAAAUUCCAAAAGCUUUUCUUCUUCGAUGCCUGUCGCGGGAAAAAAGAGAGCGAGUCUGUGAUGGUUCCAAGAAGUGGUAAAGCAAAGGGAGGGUAUGACAACUCCCUGACCUUUGAGCAUCGAGGGGGGUCAGUAAUCGAAAGAAUUCGAGUUCCUGGAGAAGGCGGUUUCCUGGUUGCUUAUUCCACCAUGUCUAAUCACCUAGCAUGGGAGGGCAACAAGGGAGGUGCCUGGCUGCAGAAACUGGCUGAAGAGAUCAGGACUAACACUACUAGCUCUAUUGAGGAUGUGCUGACAAAGGUGAACAGUGAUCUCAUUAAAGACCCAACUAUAAGAGUGCAGCAACCUGAGAAGCUCUCACGGCUCAAUGAAGUUGUCUUCCUUCAUCCUGAAAAAGAUCCAAAAACUCUCCCAAAAAUCAAAAUUGCAGCAGUUUUUCCCACACAACCCACACCCUCACUGGAUCGAACGCAACCUUUAAACUCCAUUCAACCAGCUUUGUUGACUGCCAGUCCUGGCGUGUAUCAAGGAGCUAUGGACAGCCCAGCAAUGAAACAGUUGAUUUCUCAGUAUCCAUCAGCUGCCAUCAGGAAGCUUGAAGAUUACCCACAUAAUCCCCCUGAGCACGAGAAUAUCACAUACUAUCGCAGCCAAGUGACUAUCACUCUAUUUCAUCAAGACAUUGUUGGUGACAGCAAGAAGUACUUUUUGAACACUCAAAUUUCCAGAGAAGAGGCUAUAAAAGAUGCGAUAUUGCAAGUAUCACUACAGGAGACCUCUAGCAGCUAUCUCGGAUUAUCGUACAGUUCCCAACCGCAGCAAGUUGACUAUUUGGAGUCGCCAAUUCAACAGAGUGCAGCUUCUCCCUGCCCGACCUACGGUACCAGUUCCUGUGCUCCUAACCCCAACUCCCUCCUUGUUCCUACACUAUCUCAGCAAGGUCAUGAUCGGGAAUUGUCUCCACCUGCAAAUUCUCCUCAAAGUCCAGCAAUACCCGGUCAUUAUCAUAGACAGAGAGUUAAUCGUUUCUUUCAAGAGAACAACAUCAAUCCCCGGUAUAUAUUUGACAGUGAAAUUGUUCCCACCACUCAACACCGCUGCAUUGUAUGCUACACAAUACAAGGAGAAUCCAGAGAAGUCGAUAGCGUACGUUACUACUCGAGUAAAGGAGAUGCUAAAGAGCAAGUUGCUAAGCUGGUACUCGAGAGAGAAAAUGUUUCUCAAAUCGUCAGUAAAGGAAUCGCCCCACCUUCCAACAAGGUAUGGAAAUCUAAACUGAAGGAAUAUUGUGACAAGAACAAAAUUGUCGUCGCAAUGAAGUACCACACGAAAUCCAGUGGAAUCGGGUUCAAAUCGACUGUCACAUUUCUUGGACGUGAUAUUGAGGGGGAGGAAUGCAAAAGCAAGCAGGAAGCCGAACAAAGUGCAGCUCGCAAUGCAUUACAGAGUGUUCAGCUCAACUGAGUGCAUAUCAUGGACUGUAGAAAUUCUGAAUUGAUCACCUCAAUUUUAUACGUAUUCUUUGUUUUGCGUUUUAUAGCCUGAGAUGGAGGUCUUACUAGUCAUAGUAUUGGUUGGUAUUGCUC